CGUGGCCUUUGUGGAUACAAUUCAGAAAUGGAUCACUCAUGACUUGCAAAGGGAAUCAGUGAUAAGGGCUGUUUUGUUGAUGAUUCAUUCUCCCUGCACAUACAUUGCAUCAAAAAUAAGAUUCGUACUGUCUGAAGUAUUGAGACCAAAUAGAGGGCACAUUUUGAAACACUUGCUGUCUACACUAAAAAAUAUACCAUCGAGAAACAAUUUUGAUAGACUACAAAUCAUGAGUUAUGUGAUGGCUUUGGCAUGUUAUAUAGGUUUGCCAGAGUUUCGAGUGCAGGUUCUUGAACUUUCAGGGGUAAGAACUUUAUUUACUCUUUUAACGUGGUGUUUAAGUAAUGGUGUUAAUGAGGGCAGUCUGGGAUCCACGUUAUAUUUGCAUAAUUCGCUCCUUGGGCGUACUUGUUGCCUUGUUUCUUUGGAAGACUGGGAGGGCGAAGACAUUAUCGUGCUUUAUAUUUUGUGGGGCCUAGGUGAGUUGAUCAAGCAUUCUACACCACACAUAAGUAAUAACUUACAUGUAUCUUCUGGUGGGAUGAGGUAUAGUGUACCAGAAUUACUGAACAAUCUUUGGGAGAUUUGCAUUAACACAUCUGCUCCCGGAGUACGGUGGUUUGCUACCUUUGCUCUUAGUGCUCUUGGAUUGUAUGGUUUUCCGAGUAAACUUGGGAACAGGAUUGGCAAAGCACUUAGUGAGGAGGAUCAUAAAGAUAUAAGACUCAUCCUCGCAAAUGGAGACUGUUUGAGUGUUCAUGGUGUUAUUUUGGCCAUUCGAUGUCCAUCAUUGCUGCCUUUUGAAGAGUUCCAUAUUAGUGAAGAAACAAAUGGUUCAUCAGUGCCGAGCUCCAUGGGAAUGGGUGACAGGUUUCAGAAAGAAAUCCGAUUAUCUUCUCAUGUUGAUCACCAGGCAUUGUCAAGGUUGUUGGAUUUUGUGUACUUUGGAUAUCUACAAGCCGAAGAAGAACUCGUGAAGAAAUUGAAAACACUUGCUAAACGUUGUAAUCUUCAGCCUCUUUUGCAAAUGCUUUGCUGCAAAGUUCCAAAGUGGGGCACUCCGUUUCCUAGCUAUGAUCUUUCUCUAGCACUUGGUCCAGUUGGACACCGUUUUUCGGAUGUCAUCAUGGAAGCUAAAGCAAAUGAAACCCUGGUUUGGACGUGUGAUUUUUGCUCUGUGUUGGUGCCACACGUGCAUGUUCACAAAGUUAUAUUGGCGUCAAGUUGUGAUUAUCUGCACGGUUUGUUCUGCUCAGGAAUGAUGGAGAG